AUGGAGGCUCCCCGCGUGGAAAUAAAGACCUCGAUGGGCACGUUUCAGGUCGAGCUGUACCCGAAGCACGCGCCCAAGACCUGCAAAAACUUUCUGGAGCUGGCGAGGAAAGGAUACUACGACGGCACCGUGUUCCAUCGCAUCAUCAAGUCCUUCAUGAUACAAGGUGGAGACCCCACUGGCACCGGGCGCGGCGGCAGCUCCAUCUAUGGUGGAAAGUUCGAGGACGAGAUCCUGCGCGAGCUGAAGCACACGGGGGCGGGGGUGCUGUCUAUGGCCAAUGCGGGGCCCAACACAAACGGCAGCCAGUUCUUUGUCACCACGGCGCCAACUCCAUGGCUGGACGGCAAGCACACCAUCUUUGGCAGGGUGUGCGGCGGCAUGGACGUCAUCAAGCGGCUAGACAACGUGCAGACUGACAAGACCGAUCGGCCUCUGUCGGAAGUAAAGAUUCUGCGGGCACGGCCGCUGGAGUGA